UCAGGCUCUGUGUCAGCACAGUUGGUGCGAGCUGUCCAGAGUGCAGUCAUGUCUGGCCGAGGCAAAGGCGGGAAAGGUCUGGGUAAAGGCGGCGCCAAGCGCCACCGCAAAGUGCUGCGCGACAACAUCCAGGGCAUCACCAAGCCCGCCAUCCGCCGCCUGGCCCGGCGCGGAGGGGUAAAGCGCAUCUCCGGCCUCAUCUACGAGGAGACCCGCGGUGUGCUGAAGGUGUUCCUGGAGAACGUGAUCCGCGACGCCGUCACCUACACGGAGCACGCCAAGCGCAAGACGGUCACCGCCAUGGACGUGGUCUACGCGCUCAAGCGCCAGGGCCGCACCCUCUACGGCUUCGGCGGUUAAGCCUUUGUGCUUUAUUUCUGCUACAAAAGGCCCUUUUCAGGGCCACCCACUUAGGUCUUUAAAGCGCUGUAGCACGUCUCCUGUCAAAUAAGAUAAAACGGACAAGAGUCAACUACACUGUUACACAUACAGAACAGGAUUGAUU